AUCUAUUCAAGCAAUCGAUGAGCAUGAGGCACAUGACAGGGAAAUCGCAAUGGACACAUCUACGGUGUUGCAAGAUACCAAAGAGCAUUGACAACUCCAGUCUCGGCGGUAUGGGCCUCUCUGAACCUGUUUCAAUCCUGCGUCGAGGCAGAAGGAAGACUAGACUUCUGGCAUCUAUGGGGCUGCAGUUGAGAGACAUCCAGGUGCUGCUUCUGGUACUGAUGGUUGUGGCUGCACCGUUUCUUCGUUGCGCUGCUGCGGCUGGUGGCAUGGUCCCCCGAACGAGAAUGGCCACGCCUGCAGCCGAUGAGGAUCCUCUGGUGCCACUCUUCCGCUGCUUUCCCACUAUUGUACUCGGUGGUCUGCGCACAACGUACAGCUGCGAGGCUGGCAAUCUCCUUCCCUUCUCUGACUCUCGACUCGUAUUCUCGUUCUUUACCCCCGCCCGUUACCAUGAGGACUGGAUAACAUAUGUGAAUCCGGGAAUAGUUAUGAGUUUACUUGAAUUUACUCCUGGAGAUUGGGUGCUUCCAGGACGUUGGGAUUCUGCCAUUUCAAUACCUUCUGGGGGUGGAUUCUCUUACGUUACUGUGACGACCACUGUGAACAUGGACUUCAUGAUGCUUAAUGAAACCGAAGCAAAUUUCAGUGCACCCUCUCCGUAUUACGGCAUGGGUGUGUCGUUGGCACUCAAUCUCCCUGGCAACACCACGGCUUCCGACUACAUGCUGGUCCGCUCUUCCAAUGACUGCCGGUACACAACUACAAGCUGCACCGACUCUGUUGGGUGCUACAGAAUGCCGCCACCCGGACAUCUUCCCCCUCCGGGCGAAUACUGGCUCUGUGUGACGUCAAAUGGCUGGAAUGACAAAUACCUUCCGUGGGGUGCAGAAUCCCUUGAGACGAAGAUGUUGUUGGUCACACCGCUGUACUUGACAGCUGGUAGGGACAAAAAUGUCGUGGUGCAGGACCCGGAAUCUGUGGCCAGUGUGCCGGGGCGUGUGUUCCUGGUGCGGUGCCCUGGCAACGUCUGCCCCCUUGUGACUGCUCACAGUGGGGAAAAGGUGGUGCGCCUUGAUGCGUGUGUGAACCCCUCCGUCUCGUCGCGGGUGUACCUGUCCGAUCUCCGUGUGCUGUCUGCAGAAGCUGGCGUGUACGCUGUGUGUGUCGAUGAUGAUGGAGAGUACACUGCUCCCGCUGCGCUGCCGGUG